GUGUUGCAGCCUGUGGUAGCUAGCUAGCUACAAAGCUAAUAAGUUGGUCGCCUCCGUCUGCACGGGUUGGAGUGUGUCUUUUAAACGCAGAUAAGAAUAAACUUUUAAGUGUAAACAGCGCUGCCGCCCUGUCAAGGGUCUUCUGAUCACAACGAAAUGGCUGACAUAGAGGAGCUGCCUGCUGGUGGCGGAGGCAAUACGGUGGACAGCACCGCCGUCUCUCCGAGUGCUGAACCGUCGGAGGAAGGGCAGGAUUUACUGACGGACAGCGGGGAGGAAUUUGAGAUGUUGCCGAGUCCCGGCGAUUCUGACACUGAAGGCCCUCCCCCUCCGGAAGACGCCGGAGAGGGGGAGAAGAAGAAGAAGGAGGAGGAGGUGGGAGAGGACAAGGAGGACGAGGCUGCGAGCGUCUCUCCUCCCGUGGCCCCGGUAGAGGAGUGGUUGGAUGUUUUGGGUAAUGGGCGGCUAACGAAGAAGGUUCUGGAAGCAGGGAACGGGCCUGACAGCAGGCCGCAGAAAGGGCAGAAUGUUCGGAUUCAUCUGAAGAUCUCAUUGGCCGAUGGCACGGCUGUGGCUGAGGAUCCUAGCCUCUCUUUCACGCUUGGAGACGGUGAUGUCAUUCAGGCGCUGGAUCUCACGGUGCAGUUGAUGGAGAUGAACGAGAAGGCCCUCGUCCAGACCAGCCCAACAUACGCCUAUGGAGACCUGGGAAGUACUGCCCCUGCUGUUGCCCCCGGCGCUGACCUGACCCUGGAGGUGCACCUGCUGGAGGUCACAGAGGCCCCGGACCUGGAGCUCCUGCCCGCCGCGGAGAGGAUCGCCCUUGCCGGGAGGAAGAGGGAGCGGGGCAAUGAGUACUACCAGCGUGGAGACUACGCCUUCGCUGUCAACUCCUACAGCAUCGCCCUGCAGGUCUCAGAGCCCAGCUCCAGAGUGGACGUGACUCCUCAGGAGGAAGAGGAGCUGCUGGAGAUGAAGGUGAAGUGUCUGAACAACAUGGCCGCCGCUCAGCUGAAGCUGGAUCGUCACGAGGCCGCGCUGCGCUCCUGCGUCGCUGUGCUCGCCCACCAGCCCGACAACGUCAAGGCCCUGUUCCGCAAGGGCAAGGUCCUGUCUGUGCAGGGCGAGUACGCUGAGGCCGUCAGGGUUCUGAAGAGGGCGCUGAAACUGGAGCCGGGGAACAAGACCAUCCACGCAGAGCUGUCCAAGCUGGUGAAGAAGCACUCGGAGCAGAAGGGGAAGGAGCAGGCCCUGUACAAGAAGAUGCUGGGGAACCCGUCCCCAGGGCCUGUGCAGAAACACAAGGCCAAGUCCUCUUGGGGCCUCACCUGGAAAUGGCUGUUCGGAGCCACUGCAGUUGCCAUCGGGGGAGUGGCCUUGUCUGUGGUCAUCGCUGCCAGAAACUAAACGGGACCAGGACGCUGGUGGACCUACCCACUCCUCCAGAACGAGGCACACAGAAAGCAGUCCCCUAUUGCUGGCUUUGGCUGUGCCCUCAGGUGGUCGUAGGACUCCUACCGCUAAAGGGUUCUGACGGUGGCCCGUCCCGGUUUGUGCAGCAAGUUUCAAAUGCCGUUGUCUAUCACAUCUUUGAAAGACAGCGAUGGAAGAAUUGUCUAGCUCGUGUUCAAAUGUGAAAAGUGACGUCUGUGUAUAUUAUAUAUGACUGGAGACUAAACAUGUAUGCCUGCCAGUGCUAUUUGACUCUCUUCUCUCCUUACUAAUGAUUGAACAUAUGAAUUAAGCAUUUAGUUGCUAAUGUUCAGCCGGGUAAUGUUUCAGCCACAUGUAAAAUGUAUGUACGUGUCUAGUGAUGUUCGGGUGGUUUUCCUGCUGAGACCACAAAGUGUGUGUGAAUUCUCUCUUUUCAGCCUAGCCUUCUUGUAAACAUGUACCAUUACAAGCACUAAGCCUAGAGCUGUUUUUCUGUAGAAUGAGGAAGGCCUUAUUUGGCCACGAGGAAGUGGGGAGAGUGAUUGACAGCAGAACAUGCUUGCUGAGCAGAGCUUAACUCUUCAUUAUUGGGGAUUUUUUUUUUCUUUUCUUUUUUUUCUUUUUUCAUGUGUUGUUGCUUUUGCCGAUACCGGGGAAAGGACUUCGCAGCUGGAGUGAACGUCUGUGAAGUGAUUCUCCAGGGAGUCUUCCUCCGCUCCCCUUUCAUGUCUCUGAGACCAAGUUUUUUUUUUUUGUUGUUUUUUUACAGAGAUCGUUUUUUGGUAAUUAUUACAUUGAUUUAGCUUUGUCUUUGAGAAUGUGUUUGUCUUAAGCCGAAGUAUUACUUUCAAGGACCGGACUCUCUACGUGUUGUCGUAUGUGCUUACCAGCAGCGUUCGUUUGUUGGUGUCACGGACGGAAAAAGCAUGUGCGCUCGCUCAGGAUCCGGCCCUGCGUGCAGGCGUUCCAGACGUUCAGGCGUGUGCAACAGGGGCGUUGUGAAACCGCCGCGUCUUUCGGCGCGAUUAAAUGCGUUUUGUUGCCUCACAGUUCUGUCUGGUUCUGCCGGCGCUGGGCGGACCGGCGUGUCGGUGAUGCUACUGGGCUGCUGGCGGCCAGAGGGGGGGGUUAGGUUGAGGUUGAACAAAGUUAGGUUGAGGUUCAACAGCCUCUUGGGCGACGGUGUGCAGAGCGUGACGGCCUACGGAGCCGGUCGCGAGGUGCGUUCCGUGUGUUAGUUCAACUGCAGGCCCCAGGAGCCAAAGGUCCAUCUAAAUCACUGGGAUUUGCAAAGCAGUUUAAAUUAUCGCCUGGCUCCGCUCCGGGCAACCGGUUCAAUGGGAUCAGCGAGGGGAGGGAGAAGAAUCGGCAAUUUUGACAAAAGGUCUGGACAAAACCCAGAUCUGAGGUUUUUCAAUAGAGACGCUGUCUUAAGACUCCCUAGAAUGCGGUCUCCUGUAUCCAUUUUUUCAUUAAACUGCGAAAGGGGGGGGGGGGUAAAAAAAAAAAAAAAACAUAGGUUGUGUGUGUCAUUUAAAAUCCUUUUAAAUUAAGGCUUCAUACUGUGAAAAAUGAGACCCUUUCUAACUCGUACUGCCAUUGUCUGCUACUAACCUCAGACCUGGGCUCAUUGGGAGUUAAUGCAGUCCACCAGCCGUGGCUGCGCUAAGCAACAGAAACACUAUUAUACUGUUAACAUGGGGAUAAGGAAAGGAAUUAGGGGUGGAGUACUGGGUAUUACAUGUUAUUCAUUAACUCAGACAGCUGGAGCUGUUGUCAUAAGCCCAGUUGAUCCCUCUCUGACAGGCAGGGUUGCUGUUUUUCAGGUGUCUUCGGAGUCGAGACCACGUUCCCAUGAAGCAUGUUUCUGUCGUAGAAUACGACCGUACUGGAAGAAGGGCUUCAGCCUGAAAGUAUUGAGCCAAUGUGCUGUAUUAUUAUUAUUAAAUGUAGUGAAUACAAUUAAGUGCCAUGUCUGGUACUAGUUGGUGGAGGGAGGGGUGGGUGAACUGGAAUAAGAAUCCUUGUUAAUAUAUUUUAAAAAAUGUACUACAAGCUGUUAGUCUGACAAGAGACUUGUCGAAUGCCGAGGUUAAAUAAAGUGGCAAAAACUGCCGGCUUAGUGAGAGCGUGGUGCUUUCACAGAUCACAUUUCUCGUGAAAUUCCUCCCGACUGCUGAGAUGUAUUGGUUUCAAGAUGUAUUUUUAUUUUUCUCUACAGUCUACAGUGUUAUUAAAGCCAUGUUUAUA